AUGACGGCCACAGUCUUUAUCGUCUUCCACACCAUACACCACCACAUUUAUAAGCUUUCACUCGAAGUUCAAAAGGGAUUGGAAGCAGCUGGUGUCACCACCAAAUUGUUCCAAGUACCCGAGACGCUUCCUGAAGAAGUUUUGACCAAGAUGAAAGCACCCCCAAAGCCCGACGUACCUGUUAUCACCGUUGAUCAGCUUGCUCAAGCAGAUGGUAUCAUGUUUGGAUUCGGCACUCGCUUUGGCAUGGUCCCUGCACAAAUGAAAAAUCUCUGGGAUAGCACAGGUCAAUUAUGGGCCAAGCGUCAAUUGGAAGGCAAAUUUGUCGGCACAUUCUUUUCUACUGGAUCUCAGCAUGGGGGUCAAGAAACCACUGCUUAUAAUGCAGUCCCUUUCUUCGCUCAUCAUGGCAUGAUGUAUGUGCCUUUCGGUUUCCCUAGCAAACAUAUGAGUGAUAACUCGCAAGUAAUUGGUGGAUCACCCUAUGGCGCUGGUACAUGCGUAAAUGGUGAUCGUCCAGAAGAGGCUUUACAGAUUGAGCGGGACCUUGCAAAACUCCAGGGUGAAAACUUUGGCAAGAUCGUUGCAACCUAUUUGUGA